AUGGCAAACUUUGUAAACUCUUACAUUCUUGUAAGAAAUCUUGGUAGAUUGAGUUACGCAAGAUGUUCAAAAGACUCUAGUGAAUGUAAAGAAGGUACCAAUCUCCUUAAUGAUUCCCUGUCGGAUUGGAUGGGCACAUUGUUACCCUUGAAUACCAACUUUGGCACGCGCUUUGGAAGAAAGAUCGUAAGGAGACACUUCGAUUUCUUAUUAAAUACAACAUUUUGGAUCUGUGUUUUCCAAAUGAUUGUCUGCCAACAAUUUCAAGUACCAAGCAAUUCUAGUUUAAAUUCUAAGCUAUCUAUCAAUGUUAUGCUUUACAACAACUAUCAACUAAAUCCAAAAAGACAUUCAUCUUUGUCAUAUUAA